GAAAAAUUGGCAUAUCUAAUUCCAAACGGAACUAUAGUGCAAUCGACAAGGCUCCAAAUCGACAAGGAACAAGCCCGUAAAUUCCCCAAUGAUCCACAAGUCCGAGUCCUGGAAUUCGAUAUUUCCAAAGGUCAUCUUCAAACAAUACUUGGGCGAAGUGAUCUCGAAAUCGCGGUAUCCUGUCACUUGGCAUCUGAACCUCCUCAAAUCUGUCAGUGGGCAGACGAAAUUCUAGAAAUUCGUCUCAACGAUAGGGUUCUUCCAAUAAAUCGACGUGUUCUAACAGACGGAGCCAUUGCACACAAAGUCUCUCUUUUCAAGGACUUGUGUAAUAUCAACGGAAAUAAGUUGGAGGUCAUACUUUCUCCAACCAGUCGUUCCUCACAAACUAACUUAUCCCUUUCCGAUUUUCUCUUCUCAGUGGUCAUGAUUCAUAUGCCGUCGAUAAGGUUGACUUUGGAGGCAUCCACUCGACCGGAUCGACCUGAACAUAUCCUACUCUCUAAACGACUUGACGACUUUUACGCAUCACCAAAAUCUCGUUCCACUUUUGCAGAGAUACCCGUGAUGUGUCCGGUCUUUAAAACUAGAAUUAAAAUUCCCGCUCGAUUGAACACCUGUCAGCAUCUGGGAGUCUUCGAUUUGCGGACCUUUUUACAGCAAGAAGCUCUGUGGCCAACGAUGGUGUGUCCAAUAUGCCAAGUUCCCAUGGAUACAAAGGGCUUUAUUGUGGACUCCGAACUUCAAGAACAUUUUUUUGCCAGAGUUCCUGAACGUUUCAAUGCCAUCAUAAUUCUCAAAGAUGGUUCAUGGCGUCCAGUUAUAAGUGAAGCUCCUGUGACAAAACUGGGAGAAUUCACGCCACUUUGGGGCCCUUAUACCAAUUCUUUUGCGUAUUACCUGGAACAUGGUGCUCUACUGCCCAAGAAUAUACCACCACUCUUGACUAAUGGUAUCCUUGAUAGCAGUAGACAUUCCCUAUUCCCCAUAGAACAACUUCCACAACAGCGUGCCCAUGAUAAUCAUCUAUCUGAUUCUUCCAAACCCGAAUUCCAAUCAACGACUCAACUAAGCAACAAUAGUGGCUAUGCAACUGCUCAACCAGUGAACACAGAAACAGCGCCCUAUCAGAAAGAAAGGGUUUUGAGUACAACUCAAACGCCAACAAAUAGUUUGCCAGACAUUCUUAAUAUACCUGUGGAAGGAGCCCACGCAAACCCUAAAUCUCUUUCCUCCUCUCCAGCAUUUCCCAAUAACUCACCAACUGGUGGUAAAGACCUGAAACGAAGUUUCGACUCCAAUUUCGGGGAGAAAGGGACUCAAAAUUCCUGCGAAAAUCCACCGAAAUUGUCCAGAUUAGCAAUUGCCCAACGGUUGCGACAACUGGACGAUGAUCCCGAGACCGUUACUGCUUUGCGAGAUUUGCCAGAUUUGAGUUUGCUAUCUCGACCUGAUGUGUUGGGGGUUAUAUACAGCCUAACGAAGCCUGUCAAGCAGAAUUAG